AUGUCUGCUGAUCACACUAGAGACCCCUGUCCUAUAGUUAUUCUUAACGAUUUUGGUGGUGCCUUUGCCAUGGGUGCUAUUGGUGGUUCAGUUUGGCAUGGUUUAAAAGGAUUCAGAAACUCUCCCAUAGGUGAGCGUCGCCUUGGUGCUGUUUCUGCCAUAAAAGCCAGAGCUCCGGUGCUUGGAGGAAACUUUGGUGUUUGGGGUGGAUUGUUCUCAACUUUUGAUUGUGCAGUAAAAGCGGUUAGAAAAAGAGAAGAUCCACUAAAUGCUAUAAUUGCUGGAUUUUUUACUGGUGGUGCCUUGGCCAUCAGAGGUGGUUGGAAACAUACAAGAAACUCGGCUAUAACUUGUGCUUGUAUCUUGGGUGUCUUUGAAGGUGUUGGUGUAAUGUUUCAACGUUAUAUGGCAUGGCAAGCUAAACCUGCAGCUCCCCUUAUGCCUGAUGCUCCAAUGACUGCUUAGAUCAGUCCUUUUAUUUUUGAUCUUCAUUUACCACCUAUCAAAAUUAUUAACUCAAUGAAUAAUAAUAACAACAAACAAAAAUAUUAUCAAUUACUCCAAGUAUAUCAAAAUUAAUAAAGUAUCAAAAAUCAUGAAUUCAAAAAAAGAAAAAGAAAAAAAAAUAGAGAGAAAAAGUGAAGAUUACUUUUAUUUUUUCAGUUUCCUUUGUAAAUAUUUUUCUCAAAUUUCAUUUAAAUUAUAAUCAUAAUUAUUUUUCAUUAAUGAUAAUCCAAU